CCGAUGAAGAAAUUAGCGAUAAGGCAUCGACGUGUGGGAAGCUGCUGAUAUUUUUAUCCGUUGGACUUGUCAUACUCACGUUGCCGUUCAGCUUGUUCGUGUGCUUCAAGGUAGUACAGGAAUAUGAACGUGCUGUUAUAUUUCGUUUGGGUCGUCUUAUGCAGGGCGGCGCCAAGGGUCCCGGCAUAUUCUUUAUCUUACCAUGCAUUGACUCGUACGCCCGUGUGGACUUGCGUACCCGCACCUAUGACGUGCCACCACAGGAGGUACUGACAAAGGACAGUGUCACCGUGUCGGUGGAUGCAGUGGUUUACUAUCGCGUUUCCAAUGCGACAGUUUCUAUAGCGAACGUGGAGAACGCUCACCAUUCGACCAGACUUUUGGCGCAGACUACUCUACGAAACACAAUGGGAACUCGGCAUUUGCAUGAGAUACUCAGCGAGCGAAUGACAAUUUCCGGCACAAUGCAGGUCCAACUAGACGAAGCCACCGAUGCUUGGGGCAUUAAAGUCGAGCGUGUUGAAAUCAAGGACGUGCGCUUGCCAGUACAAUUACAACGCGCCAUGGCCGCCGAGGCUGAGGCCGCACGUGAGGCACGCGCCAAAGUUAUCGCCGCCGAAGGAGAACAGAAAGCCUCUAAGGCAUUGCGCGAGGCAUCCGAGGUGAUCGGCGGCUCGCCGGCAGCGCUCCAACUGCGUUACUUACAGACACUCAACACAAUAUCWGCGGAAAAGAACUCCACAAUUGUUUUCCCAUUACCCAUCGAUUUGAUAACUUACUUCCUGAAGACUACCGAGGCGACGGCGCAGCAAAAUGCCGUUGUACCGGCGGCGGCGGCAACGACCAGCAGCGAGCACUCACCGCAGGCGUCGACAUCGCCGCAGGCGGGCAUACAAACGGCAGCCAUGUAAAAACAACAACAACAAUAAGAACAACAACAAAUAAAUUUACACAUAACAGCAUGCAACAUACAUCGGUGUGUAUGUGUGUCUGAUUUGCAGAAGUUUUUUGUGAGAAAGCCGAAGCAUGCAGGACUUUGGGGUGUGGGGCCGAGAAAUUGUUCAAGUUGACUCGGAAAUAUGCCKGCAUCGAGAAAUGCGAAUGUUUGUGUGAAAUAUUCUGAACGCAGUUGAAGAAAUUGCACAGUGUGCGMGAAAAGUAUGCAUUCUCUUGGCUGAAUUCCGGCAAAAUGUGUGAUAAAUGACUCAAAAAGAUAAAUUCUUUGCAAUUUAGACUCUCUUUGAGAUCAGUCCAUCGAACUACGACAAAAAUCGUGAGUUGCUGAAAGACCCUAUACUUUUUGCGCACACUUUAGCCAUGCGAAUAAGUGAAUAACUGUAGUUUUAAGUAGUAAUAGUCCAGUUGAUAAAACGUUGCUGAAAAUGGCGUUAAGUUUGAACGAUUAGCUAAAAAUCAUAAAGUUUGCAAAAUUUUCUAAAUAUUAAUUACAUUAAAUAUUAUUACUACACUUCUUAGCUGAAUUGAAUCACACGGUUGCCAGUAAGGCGAUACGGAACGAAAGUUAAAUAUGAUAGAUUUACUAAGCCAAUUACUUAAUUAUUUUCCCAACUCACACGCACGCGUUUAAUUCAUCGAAAUAUAUUAAAUACAAGUACACAUUUUCAUGUGCGAAUUUCAAGUUUAGUAAUUACGACCGCAUACUUAUACAUAUAUACAAGUAGUUGAGUGAAUAAAAAUUGAGAAAGCAGUUUAGUAAACGCUCAUACUUAGCAUGUAAAUAUUAUAUAAGUCUCGAUCUCAUUUUUGAAUUCGUACAAGUGCUUUGAAAAAUAGCUUAAAUGCAUAAUUAAUGUGGCAAGUCACACACACAUGCAUAGRUUUGUAAAUAUAUUCGCAUUUACUUAUAUUUAGGCACCUCUCUCAUUUGCGAUUAGGACACCCGAACCAAAUAAUAAAUUGCAUAACUAAUUUACUGGCAUAAUAGAAYGGACCGAUUGCUAACAGUUUUUUAAGAGAUACUAAGAAAACAAUUGAAAAACCAAAAAGGCUAAUAAUAUUCUUCAGAAUCCGAGAACAAAAUGAAUGCAAAAGCAAAACUUGACCAAAUAUCUCUGAUCUUGUGACAAUUAGAAACGAACUUAUAACUCAAAAAUUAAAAUUAAWUAUAAUAAUUUGUYAAAGUUUWAAUUUUUUUUUAUAUUUWUAUCCCAUUUUUCCCAUUUUAAGUUUCGUGAUUUUUAUAGUCCGCGUUUAAGUAGUACAGGUAUAGAGUUCAAUGUAUGUACGAACUGUUAGGUGUUAACUCAAUAUUCAGUGCUUAAUAGCAGCGUUCACCAAACUUGGUUUUAAAUAAAUCGAUUGUAACAUUCGAUGUUUGCCUUGUGGCUCCGUCCUAUUGGAACCACAAAUUGCCCUAGUCCAUAUCAUCCAAUUUUGGCCAAAARUGUUCGGUUAUCAAUGAGCGUCCCCGAUUCCCAUUCCAGUAACGUGCCGGUCUUGAUCAUCACACAAGAAGUACGACCCAAUGACGCCGCCGGUCCAUAAACCGCAUUAGCCCGUAAGUUUUUCGACAUGCAAUGGUGACUGAUGGGUAGAUUUCAUUGAUAUCCCAAACCAUUACGGUUUUAUUCAAAAUAACUUCUGUAGCACACUUAUUAAAACCGUGCUCUUAAAGUUGAGGCUACCGACUCCGCAUUUCGGUAGUAAAUAUUAAUAAUUUCGGCUAGUUGUUGGAUCGUAUAUCCUUCCCGAAGAACAUUAUUUGGCAAUUAUU